AUGACAGCUUGGGAAGGAGGUGUGGUGUCCAUAGGUUCGGGGUCAGACGUGCUGCCUGCUAAAGCAGCGAUGACACCCGAAGCUGUAAAUGGGAGGCUGGGGACAAGAGGAGCAGAAUGGAAAGGGAAAAUGGGCAGAAUGGAAAAAGAUAGCCUGGGAAGGAUGUGUGGUGUCCAUAGCUUCGGGCAUGAACUGGACACUGGACGGCUCAGCCUGGGUCUUGACAUUCCAUUGUACGUGUCACAGAGCAAGGGCGGGCGGGUCAAGGGAUGGGCUGGGGGCCCCACGCAAGCCCAGCCCCUGGAGAAACCCGGCCCAAGGGCAAAGAGCCUGACUCCUUCUGGACUUUCUAUCGGCUGGGACUUCUCGCUGUGGGUGGCAGGUGUUUGGCACUGGAUGGGCCACCAUGCGGAGACUGUUGGUGACUGUGGAAGCCUUCUCCUCCAGAGCUCACCCUGCCUGGGCACCGGCUCUGCAGGCCCCUCAGCCCUGGAUAUGUAUCGGCCAGCCCUUCCCCACAACGGGUCCCAGAGGCCAGAGCCUACUCAGAGUUCCCAGGUUCGUCAGAAUUAUUCCAUGGAGGUGGAGGCGGCCGUCCACCGCCUAUUCAACAUGAACCUGGACACUUACCUCUCUCUGAACUUCUAUUUCGACAGCAACAAUGGGACUCUGGACAGUGUGGGCCACAUUUUUCGCCAACUGGCUGAGGAGAAGUGUGAGGGUGCCCAGCUUCUUUUGAAGAUGCAAAACCAGUGCUGCGGCCGUGCCCUCUUCCAGGAUGUGCGGAAGCCUUCUCAAGAUGAGUGGGAUAAAACCCAGGAUGCUGUGGAAGCCACCAUUCUUAGGGAGAAGAACCUGAACCAGGCACUAUCGGACCUGCGCGCCCUGGGCUCUGCCUGCGCAGGCUCCCACCUCUGUGACUUCCUGGAGAGCCGCUUCAUGGAGGAGCAGGUGAAACUCAUCAAGAAGAUGGGCGACCACAUGACCAACCUCCGCAGGCUGGCGGGUCCGCAGGCUGUGCUGGGCGAGUAUCUCUUUGAAAGGCUAACCCUCGAGCACAAACAGGAGUCUCUGAAGUCCAGCGGCCUCUGAGGAGCCCCUCUGGCGUCAGAGCUUCUGCCUGAAGCCCCGCUCUGCAGCCACUAGGCAGCUUUGUAACUGCC